ACCGGGAUCCUUGACGGUUGGAGAAGUGUCCCAAACAACAGCGCGCGGUGAACGGUGUUUCGUGUGAGGCCUUAGUAGUGAGCACUGAGAAGAAGUAAUUUUCCUGGAGAUGGUAAAACCUGGGACGUUCUGUGGAAUCAAAAGUCGUAGAGCGAAGAUUGCGUUCAUUGUGCGAGUGUUGUUUGUGCUAAGCUUAGGUUCUAUUUCGGUGCUCAACGCAUUUUUCGGCCCAUUCAAUGGCGAAAGCGUAGCAACAAAGUCCCGUCCCAGACGACACAUUCUGCAAAUUUUGCAAGAUCAGGUGGAAGUGUUUGAACCGAUUGUGGUGGAACCGGAAAAUUAUACCGAAUUCCCACUAGAGGAGACAACAGAAGCAAGUGUACUUCACGAAAGAAAUUGUACUCCUGCUGCAAUCUUCGAGUUUCCAUCGGAUGGAUUUACCCGUGAAGACCGGAAACACGGAUGGAUUACGGUGCAUCUGCUGAUCGCAUGCUACUGCUUCUGGUUGUUGGCCAUAGUAUGCGAUGACUAUUUCGUGCCGGCAAUCGAGUUGAUGUGCAAAAAGCUGCAGGUGAAGGAAGAUAUUGCGGGUGCAACGUUUAUGGCAGCAGCCUCAUCAAGUCCUGAGCUGUUCAUCAACUGCGUGGGAACCUUUGUCACAAAGGGCGAUAUUGGAGUGGGAGCUGUGGUUGGCUCGGCUGUGUUCAACAUACUUGCUGUUCCAGCUGUUUGUGGAUUAUUCGGAGGACAGGUCGUUCAACUACGAUGGUGGCCCGUCACACGAGACUCGAUGAUGUACGGCAUGGCCGUCAUCGGACUGAUUACCGUCCUCAGCGAUGGCAAAGUAAUGUGGUACGAAGCCACAAUACUGGUGUCAGCCUACGUCUUAUAUAUCACAGCAAUGAUUUGCAACGACAGUAUUAACCGCUUCAUGUCCCGAACGUUCCGCCGAAAGUCCUGCGUCCGCCCAUACACCGAAGUGACGGAAAUUGCGCCCCUCCUGUCGAACGGACACAACAACGGAGCGUCCAAGGGAAGCCAGAACGGCCACAAUGGGCACACAUGCGACAGUGAAGCCAGCGAAGACAGCUUCCAAGAUUUCGAACUAGCAUCAACUCCGUGGAAUCGACGGGAUGAAAACACCUUUGCCUACAUCUGUCGUUGGCCGAUUACGUUCUUCUUGUGGGCUACCAUUCCCGACUGCCGUCGGUAUCCUAAGUUGCGCUUGGUAACAUUCUUCGUGUGCAUCUUCUGGAUUGGCAUAACAUCCUACUUUGUAGCCUUCCUUAUCACCGUUGUAGGUGACACCAUGGAUAUUCCCGAUUCUGUGAUGGGUCUAACGUUCCUGGCCGCCGGUACGAGUGUCCCGGAAGCGGUUUCCAGUAUUAUUGUCACCAACCAGGGUCAUGGUGAAAUGGGCAUCAGUAACUCCAUCGGGUCGAACACCUUCGAUAUUCUACUCUGUCUGGGGUUGCCAUGGCUAAUUAAGGCUCUGGCAUUCCCAGCGGUUCCAGGCAACAAUUGGGUCGCGUUAAACUCCACUGGUCUAACCUACUCGGCGAUAUCCCUGCUAUCGACACUCUGUGGGCUAUACAUUGCCUUCUGGUCCAAUAAGUUCAAGCUCGACUGGAAGGUCGGCUUGACGUGUACGUCGAUGUACAUAGCGUUCCUGACUGUGUCCAGUCUGAUCGAGCUGAACGUAUUCUUCAAGGUGAAUCUGCCGACCUGUAUUCAUUAGAGGGCCGCCCGUCCCGGUGCAAUUCGUACUAUACUGUAGAGAUAGACAACCAGAUAUUACCGUUCUGCAUGCUUGUGUGCGAUGAGUGUUUCCGUUAACAUUAUAAGACGACAAAGAACUAUAUAAAUAUAACAAUCGGUCGGUUCCGAUCCGAUAAUUAUCGGGAA